ACAGGCCUCUGCUGAGCUGCCAGCCGCUGGGGGACAUUUAAACUUUAAAGGGCCAAAGUGGACAGCUGGGUGUGACCAGGCUGUGUGGGAGUGUAUGUGUGCUGUAUAUGCAUUUAUCAGCUCAUCCAGUCACUGCGACACUCUCUCCCACAAAGGACUACGAGACCAGAAAUCUGCUUUCCUGACUUGAAUCUCAUCUUCUUCAAACUUCUAAAACACAGAGGACGUUUUCUCUUUUACAAACUUUUCUGAGCGUCUGCCUCCACAAUGGGCGCGUUUAUCGCCAAGAUGCUGCUCCCUACAGUCAGCAGCCUGGUGUUCCUGCCCACAGCCAGCGUGGCCGCCAAACGGGGCUUCCACAUGGAGGCCAUGGUCUACUUCUUCACCAUGUUCUUCACUGCGAUCUACCACGCGUGUGACGGACCAGGCCUCUCCAUCCUGUGUUUCAUGAAGUACGACAUCCUGGAGUACUUCAGUGUGUACGGCACGGCUCUCUCCAUGUGGGUGACGCUCAUCGCUCUGGGUGACUUUGAUGAGCCGCAGCGCUCCAGUAUCACCAUGUUUGGAGUUUUGACCACAGCUGUGCGGAUCUACCAGGAUCGCUGGGGCUAUGGCAUCUACUCUGGACCAAUCGGAUCAGCUGUCUUCAUCAUCACUGUCAAAUGGCUCCAGAAGAUGAGGCAGUUGAGGGCGGUGUAUCCGGAGAAGAAAGUGUACACUCAGCAGGUCGGCCCGGGCUGCUGCUUUGGCGCUCUCGCUCUGAUGCUGCGUUUCUACUUUGAGGAGUGGGACUAUGCUUACGUCCACAGCUUCUACCAUCUGUCUCUGGCCGUGUCCUUCGUUCUGCUGCUGCCAAAGAAGAACCGCUACGCAGGAACAGGACGAAACGCUGCCAAGCUCAGCUGCUUCGCUCUCUGCUGCUGCUCCAUGUCCCCUGGUUCCUCUAAAGACAAGACGGACAAAGUGAAGAAGAAGAAGACCCGGACUGUUUGGACGGUCCCCACAGAGAAGCUGUUGACACGAGGCUGUAGCACCCCCACCCUGCCCCUUUACAACCCCCCACCCUCCACUCCCAUCAAAGGGACCAGCAUCAGCAAGCUGAAAGAGAUGAACGGCUGGAAGUGAACCCAAACACAUAAGAGUCAGGCGACUUCCUCCUGAAGAACAGACGUAGAGGCUGACCUGCUAUGAGAGGAAAAAUGGGAAAGUAACCAAACAACUGUCAGCCUGAUAAACUUGUUCUGUGGCUGCUAAGUUCAUCUUCUUCAGCAGGAAACCAACCGUCAUGUGGACAUUCCCUUUUCUACUCCAAGAAAUCCUUUUUGACUGGGAGAAUAUUUAAGAUCAGCUGAGCGGAGGACUCCAGCGGUGAAUAUCCAGAAAUGCUCUGAUGUGGAUGGAACAGAGGCGACCCGGGCCUCGGGUUGCCCUCAAAGACCCCGAUAAGAACCUGAGCCGUGUGAACCUGAGGACAGGCAGCACGCUACCAAAGAACACACACAGCACGGACAGGGAGACGCUGGACGAGACGAGCUAGUAAAACUGACCGGAAAAUUUAUGAGAAGAACAAACAGCGGAUGGUUUAUCUCUCCAAAAUAUAUAAAUUGUCUUUAGAAAUGUUUCUCAGGGGAGACCCUUCGUCUGCUCGCCCCCUCCCUCCCCCCCCUCCUCUUUCUCCACGCGGCACAGUUUGUUCAUGAGAAUUACAAGACUGUAAAGUGCUUUUUACCUCUUUUAUGUGUCCUCAGGGUGCAGAGUGUGUGGAGCAUCAGACGGCCCAGACAUCAGUCUGUAACCCGACUGGACUGACAUGUUGAUGUGAGUCUGGAUCAGCAGGUGGACUCCUCUGUCUGUAAAACCUGCUUCACUGAUCGAGCAGCUCUGGCUCCGACUCGGUCCCUGAUGUGCAGUCUUCAGACUGUUCAGUGUAUCAGUUGGAAGCUUCUGUAAAUAUAUUGUUAUUUAUUGCAGUAUGAAAGAAUGUACAUUAAGUAAACCAUGUGUUUGUUUUUUUUUUACUUUUGUAUUUUGGCUGUCAAGUGAUUACAUUUUUAAAUCGCUACUUUUCAAUAGUAACUUCCAUUAUUUCACAUUUAAAAUAAAA